GGAAAAAGCGGAUUCUGUAACCAUGUGUUGGCAUUGAUGUUCAAGAUAUGCAAGUUUACGUUAUUUUCCUGUAAUUCUACCAAGGACCUGAUGGAGGAACAGAACGAGCAAUCCUCCUUGGCCUGUACAUCACAACUGCAGCAGUGGCACAAGAAGGGCGGAGGAAAGAACAUUGUACCACAGCCAGUGAUGGAAGUGGAAGUUUCAAAAACAAAGGAUGCAGAAUUCAGAUUACGUUCUGGCACCAAAUAUCUUGUAUAUGAUGCCAGGAUGAAAACCACACAUAAUGUAGCUGCAGAGCAGAAACUAAAGGAGCAGCUGAAACAAAUUGACCCUAAUAUAGGCCUGUCUCAUAUGGCUAGUGAACAGAUUGAUCAGACGCAUACUAGACUUGUAGAAACAAAAUUUGGCAAAUGUCAAGUUGGUUGUUUCUUGUCAUACCAAGUUUCCCUGACAGAGGCACACUUUGAGGCCACAGCAUCCAUUGACUGUGUACCAAGACUUAGCCAAGUAACUAAAAAUCAAGCCCUCACUUAUCCAAGGUUUCCUCUAAGGGAUAUUAAUGAAAUGGCACUACCUGACAAUUUGAGUGAGAAUGACAACAAACUUAUACAAUCUUUGAAGUUAGAGGAAAAUGAACUCAAUGACCUUGAAACACAAACAAGGAAACAAGCUGAAUGUACUAAAUGGAAAGAUGAGCGAAAAUUCAGGUUCACUGCCUCUCAAUUUCACUUGAUUUCUAGACGACAGAGAAAUCAUGACACUUUUGCAGAACAAUUGAUCAAUCCAAAAUUGGUUACUUCAAAACAGUUAGAACAUGGAAAAAAGUUUGAAUCUGUUGCAUUAAGGGAGUAUGAA